CUGCUGCUGCUGUGGGCGGCGGCGCUGCCGGCCGGGGGCCAGCCGCCGGCGCCGCAGUACAACGGCGAGCGGGGCAUCUCCAUCCCGGACCACGGCUACUGCCAGCCCAUCUCCAUCCCGCUGUGCACCGACAUCGCCUACAACCAGACCAUCAUGCCCAACCUGCUGGGCCACACCAACCAGGAGGACGCGGGGCUGGAGGUGCACCAGUUCUACCCGCUGGUGAAGGUGCAGUGCUCGGCCGAGCUCAAGUUCUUCCUCUGCUCCAUGUACGCCCCGGUGUGCACCGUGCUGGAGCAGGCCCUGCCGCCCUGCCGCUCCCUCUGCGAGCGGGCCCGCCAGGGCUGCGAGGCCCUCAUGAACAAGUUCGGCUUCCAGUGGCCCGACACGCUGCGCUGCGAGAAGUUCCCGGUGCACGGGGCCGGCGAGCUCUGCGUGGGGCAAAACGCCUCCGAGCGCGGCACCCCCACGCCCGCCCUGCGCCCCGAGAGCUGGACCAGCAACCCCCACCGUGGGGGCGGCGGCGCCGGCGCCGGGGGCUCGGGGCCCGGCGAGCCCCGCGGGCGCUUCUCCUGCCCGCGGGCGCUGAAGGUGCCCUCCUACCUGAACUACCGCUUCCUGGGGGAGAAGGACUGCGGGGCGCCCUGCGAGCCCGGCCGCCUCUACGGGCUCAUGUACUUCGGGCCCGAGGAGCUGCGCUUCUCCCGCACCUGGAUCGGCAUCUGGUCGGUGCUCUGCUGCGCCUCCACCCUCUUCACCGUCCUCACCUACCUGGUGGACAUGAAGCGGUUCAGCUACCCCGAGCGGCCCAUCAUCUUCCUCUCGGGCUGCUACACGGCGGUGGCCGUGGCCUACAUCGCCGGCUUCCUCCUGGAGGAGAGGGUGGUCUGCAACGAGCGCUUCGCCGAGGACGGCUCCCGCACCGUGGCGCAGGGCACGAAGCGGGAGGGCUGCACCAUCCUCUUCAUGAUGCUCUACUUCUUCGGCAUGGCCAGCUCCAUCUGGUGGGUCAUCCUCUCGCUCACCUGGUUCCUCGCUGCCGGCAUGAAGUGGGGCCACGAGGCCAUCGAGGCCAACUCCCAGUACUUCCACCUGGCCGCCUGGGCCGUGCCGGCCAUCAAGACCAUCACCAUCCUGGCCCUGGGGCAGGUGGAUGGGGACGUCCUUAGUGGCGUCUGCUUUGUGGGCAUCAACAACGUGGACGCUCUGCGGGGCUUCGUGCUGGCCCCCUUGUUCGUCUACCUGUUCAUCGGCACCUCCUUCCUGCUGGCCGGCUUCGUGUCCCUCUUCAGGAUCCGGACCAUCAUGAAGCACGACGGCACCAAGACGGAGAAGCUGGAGAAGCUCAUGGUGAGGAUAGGCAUCUUCAGCGUCCUCUACACGGUGCCGGCCACCAUCGUCAUUGCCUGCUAUUUUUACGAGCAAGCUUUUAGGGAACAGUGGGAGAGGAGCUGGGUCACGCAGAGCUGUAAGAGCUAUGCCAUCCCCUGCCCCAACAACCACAGCAGCCACCACCCGCCCAUGAGCCCCGACUUCACCGUCUUCAUGAUCAAGUAUCUCAUGACCUUAAUCGUGGGCAUCACUUCGGGCUUCUGGAUCUGGUCUGGGAAAACCCUGAACUCCUGGAGGAAGUUUUACACCCGGCUCACCAACAGCAAGCAGGGCGAGACCACCGUCUGAGACCCCUGUCCGCCGGGCUGGGGGGAUGGCGGCCGGCUGGGGGACCGGGGCUCUGCCUCGGGAGGCAGCUGCUAAUCCAGCCCGGGCAAACUUUGGGGGAUGGCGAGUCGCUUCCGCGGGCG